CUUAUUAUUGUAAGCGUACAUUUCUCUUGCAAAAAAUGGCGUCUAGUCAGGGAGGUGUGAGCGCCGUAACGGCUCCACAAAGCCAACACAUCUCUAACGGAGCUCAAUGGAACAACAUGGGAGUCAGCCAGCACCAGCACCAGCACCACACCGCCCGGAGCCUGGACCGGGCUCUGGAUGAUGCCGUGUGCUCCGGGAUAUUGAAUCUCAGCGGCAGGAAGCUGAGAGAGUACCCAGGAGUGAGCUAUGAUCUUACGGAUACGACACAAGCAGACCUCUCCAAGAACCGCCUGACGGAGGUCCCGGGGGAGGUGUGUCUGUUUGCUCCGCUGGAGUCGCUCCACCUCUACCACAACUGCAUCAAGUGUGUCCCCGAAGCCAUCAUCAACCUGCAGAUGCUCACCUACCUGGACAUCAGUCGGAACCUGCUGUCGGUGCUGCCCCAGUACCUGUUCGGCCUGCCCCUCAAGGUGCUGCUGGUGAGCAACAACAAGCUGGCCUGCCUGCCCGAUCACAUCGGCAACGCCAAGGGGCUGAUGGAGCUGGACAUCAGCUGUAAUGAGAUCCAGGUGCUGCCCGCACAGGUGGGCCAGCUCCACGCGCUACGGGAGCUCAACAUCAGGAAGAACUGUCUACACAUGCUGCCAGAGGAGUUGUCCGACCUGCCGCUGAUCCGACUAGACUUCUCCUGUAACAAGAUCACAGAGAUCCCGAUAGCCUAUAGGAAGCUCCGACAGCUACAGCACAUCGUCCUCGACAACAACCCCAUGCAAUCCCCCCCUGCACAGAUCUGCCUGAAGGGCAAAGUGCACAUCUUCAAAUACCUGAACAUCCAGGCAUGUCGGACAGACAAGAAGCCUGAUUCCCUUGAACUGCCGUCUCUAGGGAAACGCUGCCUUCCUCAGGCGCUGACAGACAGCAUGGAGGAUUUCUACCCCAAUAAGAACCACGGGCCCGACUCUGGCAUCGGGAGUGACAACGGGGAGAAGAGGCUUUCCACGACAGAGCCCUCGGAUGACGACACGAUGAGUCUCCAUUCUCAGGUCUCGGAGACGGCCCGGGCCGACGCCCUCCUGCUACUCUCCAAGAUGGACUCCUGCAAAGAUCAGGACCUCUAUGACUUCGUAGAGCCCAACCAGGAGGAGGAGUCGGCGCUGUCGGAGGGGGAGGGCCAGCACAUGUCCUGCAUCAAGGAACUGGAGAAGGUCCUCAACAUGUCCCAGCAGAGCAAAGACAAGGACAGCUGGAAGGAGGAGUCGGGCUCAGAUAAGGAGCCGUUGGCGGAGGAAGACGAGGAUGAGCUCAAGGAGGUGCUGGACCUGAGGAAGAUCGCCGUCCAGCUCCUCCAGCAGGAGCAGCAGAAUAGGCGUCGCUCUCUCAUCUGUCGGGCGGAGAGUCUGAUCCACCGGCGGAGGGUGACGGGCCGGGCGCACAGGUUCUUAAGUCACUCUGGGAGCUGCAGCAGUAAGCCAAGGCCUCCGCCCCAGGCCACACGCAGUGCUUCCCUGGACGAGGGCACCAGCGGGGUGUCGGAGCCCAGCGGACAGCCCUCCUCCUCCUGCUCCUUCGACGGGGGCUUGAAGUCUGAGCCCUGUGACGCAAAGUGGUCAGAGAUUCCCCCGCUGCUCAACCAGAACGAGGAGCGAAGGAGGAACAAAUAUCUGAGGAAGGACUACCUUAAGUAUGUUUGUCAGAGCACACGCAAAUCGUCCUCUGGCGGCAGCGACGACUGUGAGGAUGGCUUGAGACACGCAGAUUUCAGCACGGCGCUCACGGUGUUUGGGCUGAAGCCUCGUUCAGCAUUCACACGCAGCUCCCGGCAGGAGGUGACCUCCAACGACCCCAGCUUCACCAUGAGGAGGAAGAUGGAGCACCUGAGGGAGGAGCUGGAGCAGAUUGGCCUCCUCCGUCAGAACAUCGAGUCCAGACUGAAGGUGUUCCUCCCGGACGACGUGGGCGCGGCUCUCAUGGACGGCGUGGUGCUCAGCCACCUGGCUAAUCACAUCAGCCCACGCUCCGUCCCCAGCAUCCACAUGCCCUCCCCCGCUGUGCCCAAGCUCAGCAUGGCCAAGUGCCGCCGGAACGUGGAGAACUUCCUGGACGCGUGUAAGAAGCUUGGCGUCACGCAGGACCAGCUGUGCCUGCCCCACCACAUCCUGGAGGAGCGUGGCCUGGUGAAGGUGGGCAUGACAGUGCAGGCUCUCCUGGACCUCCCCGCCUCAAAGACCCCCCAGCUGGAGGCUGAUGAUUGACCCACCACACCAGGUGGGGGGGGGGGGAGGGGCGUGGUCCGGCUCUAGCCACACACCCAGACCCCCUGCCUCCAGCCCCAGCCCCCAUCCCUGGAGGGGAGAGGUGGGGUGACCGUGGAGUGAUGCCAGGGGGUCCAGGGAACCUUCCUUUAGGAGGUGAGGACCUGGUUGUCAUGGAGAGGACCCCGGGUGGGGGAGGGAUUGGGGGGACUUACCAGCUGACUGAGUUGGAGGACAGGAGGGGGAGACUACACCCUCCAGUCUUCUCGUGUGAAGACAGCUGGCAGCAGCCAACUCCUGUUUUUAUUUCCCUGUCGUGUGUGUGUGUGUGUGUGUGUGUGUGUGUGUGUGUGUGUGUGUGUGUGUGUGUGUGUGUGUGUGUGUGUGUGUGUGUGUGUGUGUGUGUGUGUGUGUGUGUGUGUGUGUGUGUGUGUGUGUGUGAAUUUGCUAAAGUGGGAUAGACACUUGCCUAUGUUGACGCAAAGGCCUAAACUGUGGACAAUGAGUCCAUAAUAACUGCGUGUGCGUGCGCGUUAUAUCUACUCGCUGUCAUCUCAUACGUCAGCAGUAGGUUGUUGUACAGGUGAGCAAUCAGAGCUUUGAAUUAGACAAGAAAUUGUUGUUAUUUUUUAUCUUCAUUAACUUAUUGCACAUUAUGAGGCUCAAUGUAUGUUUCUUUUUCUUCUUAUUUUUGUGUAUCUAUUUAUUUACCCUGUGUUGCCAAGGGAGACAGAAUAAAUGGGUGUGUUUGCUGGAGACACACAAACCUGGAUUAGC